AUGCUGCAGAAUAAUAAAGUUUGCCUGCCUGCGAUCCCAGUUACCGAUGCCGGAAGGGGACUGUCCCCCCGCACACGCAUCCGCAUCCCCAUCCCAUCCCAUCGCCAUCUCCAUCCCAUCCCAUCCCCGCGGCCCCGGAGCACCGCGGCCGUUCCCGGGAGCGCUCCCCGCGUACCUGCGCUCAGGCGGGGCCGAGGGCGAGCGGGAUCCUGCGGGAGCGGAGCGGGGCCGGCAGCGGCUCCGGUGUCGGUAGCAGCAGCGGCUCCGGUGUCGGCAGCAGCACCCCCGGUGCCGGCAGCAGCAGCUCGGUGCCGGCAGCAGCAGCUCGGUGCCGGCAGCAGCUCCGGUCCGGCAGCAGCCGCAGCUCCGGCGGCGCUCGGUGUUCGCUGCUCGGCGCUCGGGGCCGGCGCUUCACGGGCGCGCCGCGGGCGGGCAGGCGCGGAGCCGAGCGAGCAUCACGGCCGUGCCGGCCCCGGAGCCUGUGAUGGGGAGGCUCCCGCAGCCCCCAAGAUGGCUCUGGCGGGCCCGCGGUGCUCACAUGGCCCGGGCCGGGCCGGGCCGCGCCCGGAGCGGCUGCGGCAGGGCCGGGGCUGCGCUAGCGCUGGGGCCGCCGCCGCCGGCUCGGCUCUGGCCUGCUGGCACGGAGCGAUGGACCCAACAUGCCAGCCCGGCCCCGGGCUCGCCGCGCCCCGCCCGCCCGAUGGAGGCGCGGCGGCGCCGGUGCGGAAGGGAAUUAAGGCGGAUUACCUGGAGCAUCCCAGCGUUCCGCCCGCGCUCCGCUUCCUGGGAUAACGGGGGGCACCGCGGCCCCACAGAGCUCCCGAGGGGCAGCGACACCUCCCCAGCAGGCACAGGGCCACGCGCCAAGGGGAUACGGGGAAAGAUUGUCAGUAAAUCAAAGUUUAGAAACCCAGA